GUGGUUUUUUGCUGUUUUGUGUUUCUAUCGUCCAAUGCAUAACCAGUAUUUGGUAUUCGGUGAUAGUAAGUGUGUUUAGUUGAUUUAAUAUAAUUUACAGUAGAUAAGUGAAAUCCAAACAAAUAGAGCUAACAAUUAAACUACACAUUACUAAAUUGCUAAAGAAAUUACAUUGAUUACCAAUUACUUCAGGGUGAAAAUAAAUUAGCAUUAUGAAGACGGGGACAUCCCCGCCAGAUGCUUUGCCCCUUGGUGCGGCAUCGCUUUACAUGAAAGAAUUUGAAAAUAUCAUCGCUAGCGGCAAAGAACCGGUUAUGACCAAAGAGUACAAACCGCAAGUAGCUAAUGAAUUUGAGCGAUAUUUGAAUCCACAAACUUUGAAGCGCCACGUAUUUCGCAGUGAGAAAGUACGCAAAAUAAUUGAGCAUUACGCACAAGUUAAUAACAGCUCAGUGAAGCAGAUCGAAAAGCAAGUAAAAGAGAUAAUUGAUGAAAUUGGUUUGGAGCGUAACUUAGCUAUAAUACGAUGGUGUGGUAUGGCUAUAACAGCAAUUGCCAAACGGAUCCUAUCGGGUAUAUAUGUAAACUCUGCCAAUAUUCGAAGAGUGCGAGAGCAGUUGGGACGAAAUCCGGUUUGUUACUUGCCCAGUCAUCGGAGUUACAUGGAUUUUGUAUUAAUGUCAUAUAUUUGCUUUUAUUAUGAUAUCGAGAUACCGGGUAUAGCGGCUGGCAUGGACUUUCAUGGUAUGUUCGGCAUGGGUACAAUGUUGCGAAAAACGGGUGCAUUCUUUAUGCGUCGUUCGUUCUCCAAUGAUGAGCUCUAUUGGGAUAUCUUUCGUGAAUAUAUGUAUGCAUUAAUCUCGGCCUAUCACAUCGGCGUGGAAUUCUUUAUCGAGGGAACGCGCAGCCGAAACUUCAAGGCACUCGUGCCAAAGAUUGGUUUACUAUCAAUGGCAUUGCUACCCUACUUCACUGGCGAGGUGUCAGAUGUCACAAUUGUACCAGUAAGCAUAACAUACGAACGUUUGUUGGAAGAACAAUUGUUUGUGUAUGAAUUGUUGGGCGUGCCAAAACCGAAAGAGACAACCAAAGGAUUUUUCAAGGCGCUUAAAAUUAUCGAUGAACGAUUUGGGAAAAUGUAUUUGGAUUUCGGAGCACCAAUAUCUGUGCGAGAAUUCUUUGGGCACACUGGAGCUGAUCGAAUGCCGCGUGCUAGCAUGGGUGCGCAUUUGCAAAAGUUGAAUAAGUGCGAGUUGGAUUUGAUUAAAAAGUUAGGAAACGAAAUUAUUUAUCAACAGCAGCGCGGUAUCGUUAUCAGUACGUUCAAUUUAUUGUGUCUGUACUAUGCUAGCCGAAUAUAUUUGGAACAUUGGGUUAACAUUGACGAAUUAGCUAAUGGUAUUGCAGAACUUAAGAAGUUGUUCGAAGAACUUGGCGCGCACGUUGCCACCGACCUAAAUUGUCUCAAAGUGGAUAUAAUGGAAACUGUAGAGAUACAUUCGAAUAUUGUUCACUUUGAAAACGGCCGACUGCAAUUUACACAGGUCGCUGCAGCACAAUUAGCACAGGAAAUCGAUAGUAAAAGACUGAAGGCACACGUGCUACUACCACAGGCCAUGGCGGUGGCUGUGCCUGCAUUGGCAUUACAGCUAUACAUAAAUCCAUGUAUGUUUUGGCUAGCUCGACCCGCAUAUCUUAUAAUAGCAGCACUGCAGUUGCGAGAAGAACAACAAACUCAAAGAGGUGUUAAGAUCCCAGAAUCGUUUGGUACUUACUCCGAGGUGGUUGACAGUUUGUUCCAACGUGUAUCUAAACUAGAUAACAUUUUUAAACACGAAUUUAUAAUUGAGUCGAAUCGUGAUAUGGAGGAAUUCAAUAGAAAUCUGGCACUACUUUCAAAGCAUGGUGUACUAACAAUCGCACAAAAUAACGGCCGAAUUACGUUCCAUGAAAAUGUGGCUAGUAACGUAAUUCUUUCGUCACUGGCGCCAUUUCUCUGCCUCUAUUACCAAUUAGCUGUAACAGUCAAUGAGUUUCCCACUGUAAGUUGCAGUACCUCGUCUAGUCGAUCUAACGAAUGUGAUGAAUUCAGCACAAAGGAUGUUCUUAUCCAUAUGCAGCAGCGCAUAGAAAAACUUAUGCAACUGCCAAAUGUUGCCAAUGUGCAUCCAUAUUGUCUGGCUUUAGAUAACUUGAAUAUUGCUUUAUACUCCUUUCAGCAAGCUGGUUGUAUCAAAAAGGACAAAGAAAGCGGAAUGUUGCAGCAUGUUCAUGACAAACCAUUACGCACAUUGGAAGCAGAACUGUUACGCUAUUGUCAGUUACUGCCCUUCAAACAAUACUAUAAGGUAGCAAGUGCUCAUAUGAUCUCUACGCCAUCUAAGUUAUAACUAUUAAAACAACGUAGUAGAAGUACACUUGUGGCACAGGCCAGAAAUUGUCACGUGGCGCUUGUAUUUCUAAUGUUAGUUUUUGUUUUACCCAUACUGCGUUUAAUUAUCGGUAUGUUCAAUUAGUUUAAUUUAUAAACAAACAAAAAAUAACAUUACAAUGUAUAAUUUGAGUUAUGAUAUCAUAGUCAAUGGGCCACUGAAAAGAAGCCGUAUUCAUUAGCAUGACAGUUAGGUUUACAACUGUAAAAUUAAUUCACUUCUCUGCAAUUAGUGGGACUGAGAGUCCCUAAGCACAAUACCACAUAUAUGUUAAACAGUUUGUAAUCCGUAGAUUGUGUUUGGCAGUAUUUUGUAAAAUAAGCCGUUUAGUGCCACGUUCCAACACUCCCUAUUAGGUAAUAGAUUUUCCCUUUAAGUAUUUUACGAUUUAAGCCUUUUUGUGCCAUACGCAUAUACGUUAUUAUGUACGAAUAUUUGAUCGCUGUUAUGCAUAAAUAUUAUAUAAAUAAAUACAUUCGCACACAUGCAUAUAUAAUAUAAUAAAAUAUACAAAUUGAAUACUUUUGCUCAAACAGCUAUUUUAUAUAUGAAUAUCGUCCCAAAUGUUAAAUUUAUAUUCAAACUAAACUUAAGCUAUGGUUGUCGGAAAGCUUUGAUUUACUAGUUAUUAACUUAUUAUAUAAACAUAAUUAAUAGUUUAAUUUUUUACUUAUAAAUACAUAUAUUUAUUUCAGUGUUAUGUUAAGUUGAUGCAUUUAAUUAUGCGAUCACGUAAAACUGUGAUGGCAAACAAAUAAAC